AUGUCUCAACCAAAGAGUAGAAAAGUGCAAUAUUUGGCGGGUUUAUGUGUUUCCUUUGCAUUCACAUUUACUGGAGCAGUUAUAUCGUGGCCUUCUCCUGCAUUACCAAAGUUUAUUUACGGAGAUACAGGCAUAAAUAUUACUGAUGAACAAAGCUCCUGGGUAGUUUCAUUGGCCGCUCUGGGGGCACUACCAGGAUGCUACAUUGGCAAGGAACUGAGCGACCGGGCGGGUCGACGACUCACUGUUUUAAGCGCAUCUCUUCCUGGAUUUUUGGGUGCAGUAAUCAUUUUGGUAACAAAGAAUCCAAUAUUGAUGUGCAUCGCGAGGGUCCUAAUGGGUAUUGGAAAUGGAAUUACAGCAGUUGUAACGAUGAUAUAUUUAACCGAAAUAGCUGACAAAGAGAUACGAGGAUCUCUAGGCAUGUUUGUGCAAGUCAUGAAUAAUACGGGCAGUCUAGUUGUCUAUAGUGUGGGACCGUUUGUCUCCUACACCAGUCUUAACUUGAUAGUUUUGUCAUUUUCCCUAUUUUUCGCUAUUAUCUGCUUGUGGAUACCGGAAACUCCAUAUUAUCAUUUGGUGAACGGAAGAUUAGCGGAGGCGAAGAAACAAUUUAUGAUAAUAAAGGGUACUAAAAAUGAAACGUGGGCCAACGAACAAGUUGAUGUAAUACGCGCACACGUACAAGAGAAUAUGGAAAAUAAAACUACUUUAAUGGAGCUAACAAAGAUGAAGUACAGAAAGACAAUUUAUAUAAUAGCAGGACUCAAAGUUUUACAAUACAUGACUGGUAGUUUGGCGAUACAGUCGUAUGUCGAAAUGAUAUUUAGACGUAACACUGGGAUAUCGGGACCUCUAGUCAGUAUAUUGUAUGGAAUUGUUCAACUUGGAGCAGGUAUAACAGCAACAUUUCUUUGCAGAUAUUUUGGUAGGAGAAUACUCCUAUUCAUAUCAACAUUUGGAGUUGCAAUUUCCUUAACUCUAGUAGGCGUGUAUUUCUUCUUACUAUCGUCACUUGAAGUAAAUUCCGAAAUCAUGAAAUCUCUGUGGCUGUUACCCAUUAUUGGUGUUCUAAGUUUUAAUAUAUUAUAUGCAGUCGGUUUGGGAAACAUACCAUACAUAUUGCAAGCAGAAUUGUUCCCUAUAAACGUUAAGAGUCUAGCAUCUAGCAUAGCAACAAUGAUGGCUUGUAUAUUUAACUUUAUAGUUACUAAAUUGUAUCAGAGUGUUAAAGAUGCUUUUGGUCUGUAUACAGUGUUUUGGUUAUUCGCGAGUGUGGCUUAUAUAGGUGUGUUCUUCACAUAUUUCUUUGUGCCUGAAACAAAGGGAAAGACUUUGGAGGAAGUUCAGGAUAAUAUACAGAGCGAUGAAGUGGAAAGACUCAAUAAAUGAUACGAGUGGAAUUUUUUUUGUGGUAGUUGUGAUUUUGAUAAAUUCGAAAUAUUCACUUUUUUGAUAAAUGUAAAUAUGUUUGAAUGUAAAUUAAGUUUUAUAUUUUCUAGGUAAAUAAAUUGACGUAUUUGACACAGACUGCCACAAGUAGUUUAAUAGUUCUGACCGAACUAUAAAACGUCCCCAAAAGUUAAAGUUUUAUAAGGUUAUGUUUGUUGUAAAAAUGGAAAGUUAUAUAAUGGUAUUCAAUAGAACAUAGUUUUUGAUAUAUUAGUAUUUUUCACUAUCACACACUUAAGUCAAAUACUUCUAUUCUCAAUUUUUCUACCUCUUCAAAAUGAUAACUAUGUGUAAUUUAUAAACGAAAUCAAUUUUGUUAGCAACCGGUUAAGCAGAACCGCUAGUUGCUGUUGUUUUUAUUUAUACUUUUAUUAGCAACCGGUGAAGUAGAACCACUGGUCGCUUUUGUUUUUGUUUAUAAUUUUAUUAGCAACCGGUGAAUCCAGAACCACUGGUUGUAUUUGUUUUUAUUUACAAUUUUAUUAGCAACCAGUGAAGCAGAACCACUGGUUGCUGUUGUUUUUAUUUAUAAUUUUAUUAGUAACCAGUGAAGCAGAUCCACUGGUUGCUGUUGUUUUUACGUUGUAUGCCAAUAGACCGACCAACCAGUUUAAUUUAAUUUAUAAUUAUUUAUGAUAUAAUUAUUGUAAAGCAUUUUUAGUGUAAUACUAUUUUCAUUGAUUACUACUUACUGAGUUUGAGAAACUUAUGAUCAUUUUUUAAUAACUUUCAUAUAAAUCAUAUUUUAUACCUUUCUUUUAUAGCGAUACAGGUUUUGUGUUUGAAGUUUGUUAAAUAAAAAACAUACAUUUACUUAAAA